UAGAAGGUUUUGAAAUAAUGCUCAAAUCUACAAACCUAUAUUUUUAUGGAAAUAAAAUGUUUCUGCUUGGGAUCUUCUUACUUUGCAGUGUUAACCCCUUGUUACUUAAGGCUUUUCCUGUGGAAUCCCAGAUAAAUUCCAAGGAACCAAGCGACUUGACUGCUCACUUGUCCGAUCCAGCCGACUAUCCCGAUUUAACAAAUGGCCUUACUGACGCCGAGGUUCAGGAAAGCCUUCAAGAUCUCUCUCUAGAUGAUCUCAAUUCCUUGGAUAAGCUGCUUGAUGAGCAUAUCGGUCGAGAUGUAGAAGCUGACUCAGACGCGAGUCGAAGAACCCAGGUUAGACAAGCGAAGGCCCCCGAACGCAAGCAGGAUCUCCGCUCCGUGAACUCACCCCUCGACGAUGGCUGCCGGGAUGAGGAGGAUUCCGAUGAAGCUAAGCCUAAUCUGUGCUCCAAGCGACCUACCUGCCCGACCACCAAGCGCUGCCCAAAGAAAACUACAUGCGUGCCGAAAACCACUCGAAUGUGCGCCACUAGACCGGUUAACGAGAACUGCAAGUCAAAAUCGGGUGGCUAUAUGGAUGAUGAUAUGAUAAAUGACACUACCAAAUGCCCAAAGCCCAAGAACAAAAAGUGCAAGAAACCCAAAGACGACUUCGAAUGCGAGGCGGAUGAUUUCCUGUGCCACGCCAGCAGGCGAUCCAGAGGAAAGCAGAGCAGAAGCAAUCUUCAGGAAGAGCAAGUGGAUGCUCCAGCCGAAUAUGGUCCGGGGAAAGAGUUAACUGGUUUAGAGCAGAUUAAUGAGGAGAUGCCAGCAAUGAAUGGUCAAGGAGAACCAUUGGAUGAAACCUUCAAUCUUGGGGACACUAACUUGGAUCAGUCCUCACGUGUAGAUCAAUCGAGCUCCGAGUUUGAGCCUAAGGUUAAUAUAGGACCAGGGAAUCAGGUGGUCAAUUCGGAACAAGAACAUCAGUCUGAAUUUGAGAAAGACAAUCCGAUUAAUUCAGACCAGAAGCAUCAAUCUAACUUGAAGAAGGAUUAUGAGAUUAACUUGGGAGACACGAAGCUAGAUAGUAACUAUGGGGUUAACCUGGAAGAGACGAAACUAGAUAGUCACACAAAUUUAAAGCAAGAAAGUAGUUAUAAGGUUAACUUGGAAGACACGAAACUGGAUAGUAACUCAAAUUUAAAUCAAGAAAGUAAUUAUGGGGCUAACUUGGAAGAGACGAAUCUAGAUAGCAACACAAAUUUAAAGCAAGAAAGUAAUUAUGAGGUUAACUUGGAAGACCCGAAAAUGGAUAGUAACACAAAUUUAAAGCAGGAAAGUAAUUAUGGGGCUAACCUGGAAGGGAUAAAACUAGAUAGUCACUCAAAUUUAAAGCAGGAAAGUCAAGCGAAUUUGAAUCACGAAUAUGGGGAAAGUGUUGAACUAGAUAAUCACAGAAACUCGGAGCAGGCAAACAUAGUAAAUUUAAAACAGGAAGAUCAGGUCAACUUUGAUCAGGAUUAUCUGGCUGAUUUUGAGCUAGAACAUCCCACUAACUUAGAGCUAAGAAAUCCGGUCAAUGUAAGGCAAUCGAAUCAGAUAAGUUUAGACCAGGAACAACAACUUAAAAUGGAUUUUGGAAAUCCUGAUCAUUUUCAGCAGGAACAUCCGACCAACUUGGAUUUGGAAAAUCAGUAUAACUAUGAUCAGGAAUAUCAGUUAGGCUUGGGAAUUAAACAUCAGGCAAACUUUGAUGAUGGACAUCAAGCUAAUUUGCAUCAAAAAGAACAGCAGUUAAAUCAGGACCAGAAAAUGUCACAUAUAGAGGCAGUUGAGCAGGUCGAAAAUGAACCAGUGGCAGAACCAUCUCCUCUAGAUCCAUAUGAACGCCAUAGGCUUGCCAGGAUUGCCCAUCGCAAGAGAGAACAAGCUGCAGCAGAGAAAGCAAAUGAGGAGAUAAUUCAUAAUGUAGAAGAUAAAAAUCAGAAAAUAUCCAACGAUGAGCCAAAGCCACUGAAUGCUGACCUUACCAAGCAGGAACCUCUUUUCGACAGCGACAGUUUUAUUGCCAGUAAUGCCCGCGAUCCCCCACGAUAUUUGAUUCAAAUGCAAAACGAUUGCAUCCAAAGUGAAGACGAUCGUGGCGAACGUCGAUUGCGUGAGGAUCGGAGCCAAAGCGAAACGUUGAACCUGGAAAAACUCGCUGAGGAGCAGCCCAGUCCCCUGGAGGAUUCAAAUUUCGAAUACGAAUAUAAACGGAGCAAACGAGAGAAUAAAGAAACUGAUGAUGAUCCCGAGAACUCCAAAGAAACGUAUAUAAAGAAGCUCAUGGACUCAUUCCCCCGGGACCAGGGUGGUCAGAUCAAUGCCAAUGCGGCGCUGAGCUGUUCCAAUCUCGCCCAUUUGCGCAUCAAGCGAAGUUGAGUUAUAUUUUGUUUUGUCACAAAGCCUGAUAAAUGUCUUUGUAUAUUUUAUAAGCUCCCAUAAAUUGAUAUUCCAGAAAUACGAGAAAUGCGCAAUAUUUCAUGAUUCAUGACUAUAUAUGUAAAAUAGGCCCUGAUAAAAACUGGCUUUCUAAAUAUAUGGGUAGCAAAUGGGUUUUCC